AUGCCGGGCAAGCCGUGCCACUACGAUGUUCUUGGCCUUGAGCGAGAUGCGAGUGAUGAGGAUAUCAAAAGGGUGUACCGCAAGCUGGCGCUCUUUUGGCAUCCGGACAAAAACACACCUGAGACAAGAGAGGAGGCAACAGAGGUGUUCAGGCUAGUCACAGAGGCGUACGCUGUACUGGGAGAUCCGAAGCGGAAAGAAAAGUACGACCGCGAGGGUCACCCGCCGACGGCUAGCACGGCUGGUUCCGCCGCAACAGACAAACGCUCGAGCCCUGGCGUCGCCCCUACCGCCCCGCCUGCGCCCACUCCCCCUCCUGCUGCACCCACCUACCCUCCAGCGCCUGCUUCUCAGCAAGCGCAUGGCGGGUGGGGUGUCCCCGGCGGUGAAGGGGCAUGGCAAGGCAUGCCAGUCGGUGGCGGUUACGACCAGGGCGUUGGUGGUGGCUACGACCAGGCUUGGUACCAACAGCACGCGCCGCCUUCCUGGGGCGCGUACGACUACGAUGACCGUGGCGCGGGCAGCUACGGCGCUCCCGCUUCAGCUCUCGUAGCGCCAUCCCUACCCCCCGAACCUUCCUCGGCGCCCCCUUCGACGGAACUGGCGUUGCAGCAGGAUUCGCCCCCGGCGGGGGGGGCAGGCACUUACCCCAACGGGUUUCCGCACCAGGCAGCUGCGCCUCUUGGCACGGUCGCGCCCCUUGGCAUGGUCGCCCAUCACGGCGGCGGUGGGUUCCCACACCACGGAGCUCAGUCGUACGCUCUGCCUCCGGCGGCCGUGGCGCCGCCGAGCACCUACCCGCCAAGCUCCGAGCCCGCAAGCACACUUCCGCCGGCUACCCGGGCGCCCCGUAGCACCUACCCGCCUAGCUCGGAAUCCUCGGAUAGCUCGGAGUCGGAGGACGGCGACCAGGACCUUGCCGUUGCCCGUUAUGAGCCACGUACCCCUGAACGCAGCGUGGCAACAACCGAGUCGCGUACCCCGGAGCGCAGAGUGGCGACAACCUCCGGGCGCAGUAUUUUCCGCCGCGGCUCUAAGAAGACGCCUUACCCAACGGAAACGCGUUACGUACCUCCCCAGCCCGAGCGACUGAACGGGACCUACUACCCGAAGGAGACACGUGGGCAGGAGGAGGAGCAGCGGCCGCAGCAUCACGAGAGACCCGGUCUAAGUCGCGGUAGUUCUGGGUUGGUGCUUCAGCUUCGUGUCGGGGCGAAGCCGCGUGACGGGGCGCCGCCACCACCGACUUCUGUGGGACCCAGACGCAGCAGCAGCAGCAAUUCUCGGGGCGGCUCUGACGGCAGCAUGGGCGGGCUUUUGCAGGAGGUGGACCGCAUGUUUUCCACCGUUAUGGGAGGAGGCAUGUUCGGCGCUGGGGUCAGCUUGGGCGUAGACGGGGAAGGUUCUGGCAGGGGUCAGAGCCGCGGCUUUAGCGUUGGCAGUGGUAGCAGUCGAGGGGCUGGAGGUGGAGCUACACGGGCCUCCAUGAUGUCCAGCCACACGGUGGUAGACGGGAGGUCGAGGACUCUCUUUGCCCGCACGGAACGGACUGUGGUGAACACCGACGGGACGCGGGAGACCAAUGUCCAAGAAUACGUGAACAACCGGGCAGGGGGGGGAUCGUACAAAGGGAGAGGGACGAGCGCUAGCGGCAGCCGUAGGUCGUCGGGAAGUGAACGAGCUCCGUCGGCGGCAGGUCAAAGCGAAAGCGGCAGGAGCGCUACCUCCAGCAGGAGGCACAGCUUGAAGAGCUUUUUUGGGAGAUGAAAAUGCAACGGCCGCUUCCAUGGACAGCGGAGAUACCGGCGAUAUGAGCGUGCUGUGUAGGCCUGAGAGUGGGUCUUUUUUUUGUGCUUUCACGUUUCGUAUGAAAACUUUGCAUGCAGUACUGUCCGACGUACUUGUUUUGUGGGUAGAUUGUUCCACAACUGUAUCUCUUCAUGAGCUUUAUGAUAAAAUUUCCUUUGCGAGCGACCUGUUGAGGGGAGCAUGAACGCAGCCGUGUCGAAAUCGAGGGGGGCAUAUCUAUCGGGAGUAUGUAGACAGGCUUACAUGUUUUGAAUACGCUGCCAAGUGUUCUUGGGCGGAUGUUGCGUGGCAAGCAGGCAAGGCGUUCUUGAAGGGAGGCCUCCCUUGUAGCACGUCCAUUGGCUUCUGCCCGCUUACCUCGCAUGCAGGUUUCAAGGCGAAAGGAGAAGAUACAGCUGUUGUGUCGAUUUUAUGAUUUCUUAGUGAUUUUAAGUAUUCGUGUGCCUUGAAGGCCCAACGAUAGGUGGGGUGUCAUGCAAAGGACGGGAACUGUUGAUUGGAUUGAAUUUUGCACAGUUGAAGAAGGGACGCAGCUGGUUUUCGUGGUUGCAUAUUUAGGCGAGAGGUACAUACGCGUGAAACAUUAUUUUGACAUUUCCCGAAUAAUGUUCCAGGGUGGUUUGUAGGGGUUUGUCGGGUGCGCUUCUCUGACCAAUUUUAUUUGCAGCCUUGCCUUGUGUACCCUGUAUUUUACAUCCUUUGUACCACAGUCUUGGUGGGCUUGUACAAAAGGUCAACGUGCGGAGUGUGUUGGCACGGAGGUCGCGCUUGUUGGGUGUGAGGUUUAUUUUCGUGUGCUGUUGUUUCGAGGAAGAUCCCCGACCAGGAGCAGUUACGCAGUGCGUACAACUAAGUGCUUAAUUCACACCUGCGUUGUUGAAGUACGAUGGUGCUAUCAUGAGGCGGCCUUUAUUGCUACUGGUGUGAGCAUUUCUGAAUUUAAACCUUGCAGAUUGGGGAGGCAAAGGGUUCAUUCC